UCGAAAAAAUGAGCUAUUUACGUCAAUUAGUUUGCACAUAGUCAAUUUUGUAUUAACCUUAUUAAUUCAUAUUUUCACGCGCAUUUAAUCAAUGAAAGUUCUACGUACAUAGUUCAAAAAUAAUAUUGAACUAAAAAAAAUAUUAUUGAAUUGAAAAAUAAUAUUGAUCGAAGUUGCAGUUCAUUCAAUCAAGCUCGAGGCAAAAGACGUAAGAAUAGGUUUUAUCGGGAGCAGUUGUAUUACAAUAAACUGCGAAGAAAGAUGUGACCCUCGACUGCAUUAUUUAUUACUGUUAAUAGUCAAACUCAUAUAAUUUCUUAGCGGCACGAGAAAGGUCGAAAGGCAGGCUAUCAUUAACCGAACAAGUAAUCGAAAGCGUUAUACGACUUGUACAUUACCGACAUGAGACAUGUGUAAUAAGUGAAAUUGCAUGACCUACGCAGGUUGUCUGAACGUAUUGUAACAGCACGCGAGAUCGUUUAUCAGUUGUUAGUUGCUCACCAGGUGUAUAGUUCAUUAAUGCUAAUAUGUAGGACUCAUCCAAGUGAGAAAUUUAGUCCUUGUAGACAUCGAACACGUAUAACACCUUUUUUCAUCACUCAAAACCAUUUGAUCGCAUUCAGACAUAUCAGGCAAGGAAGACGAUUUUUUGACGUCUAUUCUAGUAAUUAGUUUCUUCGAGGCUCCAUCAUUGUGUGUGGUUUAUUGUUUUGAAUGCACGUAAAAUAAGUUUAACAGUUUUAUAGAAGCCGAAUUAAAAAAUGACAUCAGACAUGAAAAGUUUAAAACAGGCAUUGAUGCCCAUCAUAUGGCUUAAUUGCUUAUUUUGCAUGGGAAUAUUUGAAAUUCCUGUGAAUCGCCCGCGAAUUUUUUUAAGUGCCUUCUAUGUCAUCUCGAUAGCAAUUGCAUACUCCUUGCUGCUUUAUAAGUCAAUUAUCAUCUUUCAGCAAAUGUUGGGUUACGAGUUAGUUUUAUUCUACUCCGUUUUAACGAUCAAUGUAUUAGUUGCCAUUUUCGUUAUAAUUUUGUUCUGGUGCAAAUCACAGAAUAUAAAUAUCAUAAUUAAGAAGUUUAGUAUCAUUGACAAUACUAUAGAAGCAUUCGGCAUAAAAAAGAAUUACCAAAGAACACAUCGCAACGUUCUCUAUAUUAUGGUUCUUUGGGUAAUAGGCAUGCUAUUAUUGAACGUUAUGCAUAUAGUAUGGAUGUAUCAAAGUACUGAAUCUAUGGGAUAUUCAGGCAUUCUUUAUACCGAUUUAUGCUUCUGCUUUCCGAUUCUGGCAAAUUCCGUAGUGGAUGUCACUUUUGCUUCAUUUGUCAGGUGCCUUCAAAUAAAGUUUCAGAAUACAAAUAUUCUGAUUAACAGUGUAGUACUUUAUGCAAAUAAAUCAGAUACCUCUAAGAUCCAAGAUUUACAUAAAAAUGCACCUCUUGCAAUCGUCAGACUAAACCAUGAAAAUAAAAAAGAGAGGAUAUUGCAUCUCAUACAGACAUUGAGACAUUUACAUUUAGAAAUCACGAAAAUAGCACGACAAAUUAAUUAUACUUAUUGUGCGCAACUUUUGCUCGAAAUGGCAGUACAUUUUACGGUAGUAACUGCUUCUGUUUAUUGUCUAUAUGGUACACUUACCGGCCAGUUUCAAAUGACAAUUCAUAAUGAAAAAAUUGUUGCCAUGAUGGCUUGGGCAGGAAUUUACUCGGUCAAAAUUAUAUUUGUGAAUGCUCUUUGUACGAGUGUAUCAGAUGAGGCAUAUAAAACCGGUGAAAUUAUGCAAUCUUUUGAAGGAUGCAACAUCGAUGAUGACAUGAGAGAAGAAAUUACUCAAUUUACACAACAAAUAGUACUUAAUUCUUUGAGGUUUACUGCUUCUGGUUUUUUUUCAAUUGAUAAUACUCUUACUGGCAAGUUUUUUGCUACAGUCACGACAUAUGUGGUUAUUCUAAUACAAAUGAACACGCCGUUAUAAUAUAAUGAUUCAUAAAAGGAUUCGAUCACAUCAAAGACGCAUAAUAUGCCAUACAUUCAACUACAAAAAAAGGAGUUUACAAGAAAUAUAAUAAAAACUUAUUA